UCGGAACUACAGUGAAGGACUGCGGUCAGGUUAUCCAACGUCAAGCAAGGCUAUCCAUGCUCGACUGAAUUUGUGUGCAAUAGCUUGAUCGCCGUGGAGAAGUGGGAGAAAGAGCAUCAUUGGAUGACAGACAGCACAGUGUUCCGUCACAACCGCAAUUUGCGCCCAGAGAAAACACUUUCCGUCAACGUUUACCAUCUCCCCUUGGGUAAACAAAUCAUUGUUUUUGAAUUUCGAUAGUAGCAAUGGGGUCGCUACUUCCUUUUCUAGCUGCAGAUGUUGGCGUCCGCUCUUUGCCUGCUAGCUAGCAGAUAACCAACCAGCAAACUGUCACCUGAAGAGUGUUACGAGAUGAAGUUGGCGACCUUUUGGUGCUGAAGGGAUGCGUGGGCUGGAAGUCCUAGGGCACUGCUAGCCCACCUCUGCUCAGAGAGAACGCAGCACUGUGUCCUCAACACUGCCUGCCUGCCUGGGGAGACCAGCCACCACAUCCUCACAGCAUUGGAUGCAGCUGGCUCAAAAACAGAGGAAGAAGAAGAAGAAGUGAGCCGGGCUGUCUGUGGUGUUGUGAUGAUGAGGGGAUAACGGGGCCGAGCGCUGAGGGCCUGAGGUGGACUGGCACAGUUGAAGCAGCAGGCCAGGGUUAAGCCAGGGGAGGGGAGGCAGGCGGUGGGGCGCCCACCGUCCAGGGACCAGGAGCCACCAUUUCUCGGGUGGUGUUGCCGGCGCGGAGGAGGGGCGCCGUACGGAGGCUGGAGGCUCUCUGGAUGAUGACCAGCCUGUUCCGCCGCCACAGCAACAGCGGUGGUAACCAUGGUGAUGUGGCGCCGCACGAGGAAAGCCCUGUUCCAGGUGAACUCAACAACAGUCGUCCCGGUGGGGGUGGGCGCACGGUGCGGCGUCUGGAGUUCAACCAGGCCAUGGAGGACUUCAGGACCAUGUUCCCCAGCAUGGAACAGGAGGUGAUAGAGUGUGUUCUGCGGGCCAACCACGGAGCCGUGGACUCCACCAUCGACCAGCUGCUCCAGAUGAGCCUAGACGGACACGGCUCUAACGACAGCUCUGACUCAGAGGACAGCCUUCCUCCUGAGAUCCUGGAGCGAACGUUGGAGCCGGACAGCUCUGACGAGGAGCCCCCGCCGGUAUACUCCCCACCCUCCUAUGACAUGCACAUCUACGACAGGAAGUACCCAGACGAGGUCCUGCCCACAGCCUCACCACCUCCCAGCUUUGAUGCCAGUCAAACUCCUCCCUGCCAGCCCCCUCCUUGUCCACCACCUCCCGCCAGUCAAUGGCAGGUUGGCAGUUACAGGAACUGGAACCCACCGUUACUAGGCAACCUCCCUGAUGACUUCCUGCGGAUCCUGCCUCAGCAGCUGGAUAGUCUGCCACGCUCAUACACCAGCCUAAUGCAGAGUAGUCUGACCCAGCCCUCGUCCUCUUCAUCCCUGUCGUCCAUGACGCAGCAGGUUCAGCCGGGGGCUGGGGCGGGGGCCAGGGCAGGCCAGGUUGGCAUGGAGACUGAGCAGGAGAGGAAGCUGAAGCAGUACUUGGGAGAUGAGCGCAUCGCCCUCUUCCUGCAGAACGAGGAGUUUAUGAGGGAGCUGCAGCGCAACCGCGAGUUCCUCAUCGCCCUUGAGAGAGAUCGGCUGCAGUAUGAGUCAAAGACAUCCAAGUCCCAUCAUUCACCAGCUUUCAUGGGGAUGUCCACUCCAGGAGAUAAUUGUGCCUCAGGCUCUGGGGAGGCCUGCACCAAUGUUACAGACGAUGCCUUGUUCCGUGACAAACUCAAGCACAUGGGCAAAUCUACACGGAAGAAGCUUUUUGAAGUCGCUAGAGCUUUCUCCGAAAAGACCAGAAGAAGAAAAACGAAAAGGAGAGCCCUCUUGAAACACCAUCCACUGGGUAAUGCUGCCUCCACUGCCAACCUCUUGGAUGACGAAGAUGCCGGACAGCUGAGUGAGAAGGACAGCCAAUUUAAGAGACCAGGCCCUCAGGAAGAGGAGGUGCCCCAGCAGGAAGUGUUGUCAUGAUUUCUCAUAGUUUCUUCUGUGACAAUGGAAGAACAGCAUGGUUCACACUACACCUCUGGACCUGAACCAGACCGUCUGAAGUCCCAUGGAAUAUUAUUGCCUUUAGAUGCUCUUCAGGACUGGGAAAUUUUAAGUCCACCAUGACUGAUUUGGAAGUCAAAGCAAUUCUUCAACCAAUGAGAUUUUAGCUAGCAAAAUGAGCUAGCUAAUAUUGCUAAUGAUAAAGUUAGCUAGCUUGCUUAGCUAUUAUCCACAUUGAUAGGUUUGACGGCAUCAAAUGUGAAAGGUCAGUGAUGAAACGUCACAACUCUUAAAUUGGGUAUCAUCUCCAUCUCCGACUUUCCCACUACGAAUUCCAAAUUGGGAGGGUCGUUCAAGUGCUUAUUUCCUAGUCAAAACAUUGUAUUUCCCAAUUCCGAGUAGCAUUUGAAGGCAGUCUUGAUUUCUUGAAAUCAACAAACUAGCUAGUUAGAUGCCUUUUUGUAUGAUUUAAAUUACAUUUUAAUAUAAAAUAUAUAUUGUUAUUGAUGGUGAAUAUUAAUAAUGUUAUGAUUUUAUUUGAAUGUAUUACUCAUUUUGAAUUAUUCCUGAUAAUAUCUGGGUGAUACAGUGAAAGCUGGAGUUGUAAUUCCAAUACGACUCAGGAGUCUAGUGCAUUUUACUUGCAUAUCAAUGGAUUUGAACAUAUUUAUACCGAACAAAAAUAUCAACGCAACAGUUUCAGAGAUUUUGCUGAGUUACAGUUCAUAUCAGGAAAUCAGUCAGUUGAAGUAAAUAAAUUAGGCCCAAAUCUAUGGAUUUCACAUGGGCAGGGGUGCAGCCAUGAGUGGGCCUUGGAGGGCAUAGGCCCACCCACUGGGGAGAAUGAGUUGUUUCCCACAAAAGGGCUUUAUUACAGACAGAAAUACUCCUCAGCAUCUCCCCACACAUCCCCUCAGACGAUCUUGCAGGUGAAGAAGCUGGAUGUGGAGGUCCUGGGUUGACCUGGUUACACAUAGUCUGUGGUUGUGAGGCCAGUUGGACGUACUGCCAAAUUCUCUAAAACAACAUUGGAGGAUGCUUAUGGUAGAGAAAUGAACAUUCUCUGGCAACAACUCUGUUGGACAUUCCUGCAGUCAGCAUGCCAAUUACACGCUCCCUCAACUUGGGAGACAUCUGUGGCAUUGUGUUGCUUGACAAAACUGCACAUUUUAAAGUGGCCUUUUAUUGUCCCCAGCACAAGGUGUAAUGAUCAUGCUGUUUAAUCAGCUUCUUGAUAUGCCACACCUUAUAUUGGCAAAAUGCUCACUAACAGGGAUGUAAACAAAUUUGUGUACAACAUUUUAGAGAAAUAAGCUUUUUGUGCGUGUGGAAUAUGUCUGGGAUCUUUUAUUUCAGCUCAUGAAACAUGGGACCAACACUUUACAUGUUGCGUUAUAUAUUUUUGUUCAGUGUAACUCGGUACCAUUCAACAGUCUAUUUCUGACCCCAUGUGAGUUUGUGUGUGUGGAAAAAAAUAUUGUUAUAUUUUAUUCUUACCCCAACGCAACCAUAUUCUCAAUCUGAUAUUAUAAUCUCUUCAAAAUAGUCUGCCUUGAGGUCCAAUUUUAAGGUCCAGAUAGGCUAAUUCUUCCCGUUGGUCUAUGGUAUCUUCCCAGAGAUGACCUAUGUAGGUGAAUACUGUUUCCAGUGUAACAAGAGAGCACUGGUUUGAAUCAGAAUCGGGACCAUCGGUGUAACAGUAGCCAUGUGGCUAGGGUUUCCUCCUUUAGCAUGCAUAUGCCUAUUUACUCAGUAAAUCAUUUAUGUACUGUUUCUCAUACAACUUUAUAGUACAGUAUUUGAUACACUAUACAUUUUAUUCUGUUUGUGGCUUCUACGUCUUUGUUUCUAACAGAAGAGAAGUUUGACCUUAAAUUGAGGAUUUAUUCCCGAAUUUCACUCUGCUUGCUAUUUUCAUAUUUUACCAUGUGUUCUUGCCGAUGACUGUCUCUUCCAUGCCUCUGAGGACACUACACCCCCAUUGCAGCUCAGUUUUACUCAAGUCAUAUGUUUGUGUUUUUGUUAUGUAGAGAAUAAAUGAUUUACAUUUUAUUUGAAGAUGCUUAGGAAAGGAAUCUCCUGACUGUGUCACAAUGAUUCACUGGCUUUAUGUGAUCCUGCUGUAAAUGAGACCUGUAAGAGUUGAUAGAAGUUUUUUUUAUUUUGAGUACCAUCAUUUUUUUUUUAUAUUGAGAAUACCAGUACUUCCUGAUAAUACUCACGCUGGUUUAGACUGGAUGUAUCUGCAUCAUUUAGCUAUGUAUUUAGCUAGAUGUGUAUACAUUGAAAUGGUUUGAAUGAUUUAUGAUCUUGGGGAAAUCAUUGCCAUAAACUAUGUUGAUAUACGUACUGUAGUUAGCAAGAAAAUAAUCAAUGCUCAGGGAAUCUUACUCAAACACCAUUUUCUUGUCGUGUUCGACCCUCUUCUCCGCCAUUUUCUCCCCAACUGAUUAAACACAGCUGAAAUGUUUCUGAUAUUUAUAUUCUGCAGUGUUCAUGGCCUACUAUGCUAUAAUCUUUGUGGGUGGAUUUUUGGACCAAUUAUAAUUGGUUUGGUACUGCAUUCUCUGGCUAUACUAGAGAGAGAAGAUAGCGCUCUGUUGGCCUUUGUGGAAUACAUCAAUUCAGUACAAAUGGCAAGAAUUUUCAAUAUCAGUCCUAUCCUGUAGAAAAUACUGUUUUAGCAAAUGCAGUUUAGACUACAAUUGCUUCUUAUCAUCAGACCACAAGCUUAAUCUGUCACCCUGUCUAGUUGUAGUUUACCUCCACUUUUAUGAAAGUGAACCUGUAAAUGAACCUUUAAGAUUAUAGAUUGUUUUACACUGAAAUAGGAUAUGGACCAAAAAACCAAAACUAGAGGGUGACUUGUUCUUAGGUGCGUAAGCAUUUCAUUUCAGUCUGAGCAUUUUUUUUAUCUGGGUUUGUGUGACGGAUGAAUUAUUCUGUUGUCCUGUGUGUUGGUCAGGGGGCACCUGAGACUUGGUAUAAUUAUAUUGUCUUCCAUGUUACCUUAGCUCCCUCCAAAGGAUUUUGUGUUACAUGAAUGUACAGUAUGGAGCCAAUGUUGAUUAAAACAUUAACCAUUUACAGUG